AUGGCGACCAUUCGCAGCGCCUUCCCAAUCUCAGACAUUCAUCUUGACUCGGCAUUCAUGCCAUCGAACUAUAACUCGGCUUCCUCACGUCGUUCGUCAAGUUUCUCGUCCAACUUUUCCUCUGACUCAGAUUUCGUCUCAGCCCGAAGUACGCCGGCGGUGUCCGUCUCCCCUCAUCGGUACGAUUUCGAGGACCUCCCACCGACAUACGAGCAAGUUCAAGCCGAGGGUUUGGACCCAGUGGAGGACCACGAACACUACUCGUUAGCUGAUAAUCAUGCUGGCGCCAAUAAUUUGCGUGUUCACCGACUGGUGUGGGACGACAACGAAACAUACCCCUUGCCUACAGCUGAGGACGAUGCUGAACCCAAUGCGCCAGCGUAUACUGCAACGGACCCAACCCUCCAGUUGCUGGACCAGGCAUUGCAGUUCACCCGCCAUCAACCGCAGCCGGAUGUACAGAAUGCGUCCCGUCUUGGCCGCCGCAUAGUCGUACCUCCGCUUGAGACAUCUACCGGUUUUGCAAGAAGUACAAACAGCAGCUGUAGUACGUCUACACAGAAAAGGGGAUGCUGUGGACGCAACAAGCGACAAGCCGUAUCGGAGUCCGACAGCGUUCCCAGCUCCCGAGGCGGAUGCUGUCGACGACGACAAGCCUCCGUGCCGUCGAGCAGCUGCCGCUCCCGCACUUCUUUCCCUUCUGCCCCGUCUCGCGAGGACCCCGAGUUCUCCAACCAGGCCACCAUCCCCUUCGCGCGCGCCUACAGCAAGGCGCUCCACGCGCACGGCAUCAGCCCUGCCGAGUUUAUCGCCUUCAUCGACGGCCUCAACACCCUCUCCUUAGCCUCCCCGGCAGAAUCCUUAGCCUUCGAACCCUCUGACUCCCAGUCCCUCGCCCUCGCCUAUCUCUCCCGCGCCAAUGCUGCCUUCUUCGCUCCACGCGGCCUGCAAGUCCGAUUGGCGACUCUGUCGGCGAUUGUCGACGGUCUGGACGUGCCGUCCAAGUUUAGCAGAACCACGCUGCUUGCCCGAGCCACGUCGCCCACCGCCGACGCGAUAGACAGGGCGCAGACGUUGGAGCCAUGGGUCGAGCCGCUCGACUUCUCCGUGCCGGAGCUCAGCGCGGCAACGAUAGAGCUGCGCCAAAUGGCCGCGCGGCUGCCUCUCAGUGGCCGACGGGUCCAGCGGGCCGAGUCCGCGCCCACGGUGAGCCAGUUCGCUCCCCCUACCAUGGGUCCCAACGGCUUCCCUCUGGACAACAAACAACCAUUCCCCUCCAUCCAACUUGCCCCAGCCCUCCUCCCACCUCGACCGCCCGCAGGCCGCUCUCUCACAAGCCCAAGCCCCAGCAGCCCAGAAACCGCCCCACCGCACCCGGAAACCUGGCAAGAAUGGACGCAGCGCUGGCAAACCCGCGCCCUAGCUCUCGGCCUUCAAGCCGAGGCCUGGAGCCGCGACGUCAGCGCCCAGGCGGACGCGCUGGGCCAGACCAUCGCGCUGCGGGCCGAGACGUAUGGAAGGGGGGUGCAGUACGGGCCGAGUGGGCUGUGGGGAGCGAGCGGGGAGCGAAACCCGUCGGAGUCGAGUGGCAGUGGUUGGUGUGGUCGGAAGGGCUCCGCGGCGAGCUGGGCGGGGCCGCGGGUGAGCCGGGAGAGCGGUGGCGCGGCUGUGCUGUCGAGGCCGUCGGUAGAUGGGAGCGUUAUUAGCAGCAGCGGCAGCGGCAGCAACAGCAGCGACUCCAGCAUCAGCAGAACCCCGACCACAACCACCGAUACCAGCACCACCGCCUCGACCUCCGUCCCCGACAUCGCGCGCAUCAACUCCCGCUUCGAGGAGCAGGUCAAAGCCAUCACAAUAAAAGCCGAGCAGGAGCAGGCAGAAGGCAAGGCGCACUACGCCGAGAUCAGCAAGAGCAAGCAGCGCGCGCUCGAGAAGGCCGCGCAAGAGAAAACAAAGGCGGAGGUGAAGCUCGAGGCACUCCGGCUGAAAGCGGAGAUCGAGCUUGCGAAAAAGGAAGCCAAGAAGGCGGCUAAGGCGGAGAAGUGCGCGGAGAAGAAGAAGGCGAGGGAGGAGCGGAGGGGGGCGAGGAGGGAGUUGAAGGAGGUGAGGAGGGCGGCCAAGGUAGGCGUGGGAGAGGAGCGGAAUAUGGUGUGGCUUGUUGUUGAGAAUCUUGACGCGGCAGAGAAGGUGGGUGGCGCGGUUGGAACAGUGGUGUAUGAAGGCACGUGA